AUGAUAGAUUACGCGCGACCCUACGAAACGCCGAACAUGUGCGAUCUCUACUACCCGCCUGCGUCACCCGCGCCCGCGCGUCUCGAUGACUUCCAAGUCUUCAAGAAGGGUACCGCUUCACACAUUUACGGAAACUAUUACUCGAACCCAACUUACGAUACAUAUGGAGAACCAGAGCUGGAUAACACCGUCAACAUUUACCACAAUCUCGUCAGCUGUCGGGAAUAUCACCGCGAUGACUGGAAGUACAAAAUCGUCAUCGAUUGGAAUGAAAAUGAUACAGUGUCUUGGCUCGUUGAUGCCGCUCAGUGUAUGGGAUUAUCCGAGUAUGAUAUACCAUUUCAAAACUUUAACAUAAAUGGUAUUGAACUCAGAAAUAUGAAGCGAGAGGACAUUUUGCAGCGAAUGGCCCACCCGAACAUAGACCCAUCCACAUCUCGGAGAAUAGCAGAUAGUAUAUUUGAGAAGUUACAUAGUCGUUUGAAUGAAGAACUCCGUCAGUCCUCGAUAUUCAGAUACGCAGAAGGCGAUCCUUACGCACAUCAUGAACCUACAGUGCUCGAUUUGGACUCUCUUGAUCACAAAAACAGAUUGUACCAUUCAGACUACACUCCAAAUGACGCUACUCUCCUUCAUCACGCUGAUUCGAGCGACGAUACAGAGGACGUAUUCCCCUCAGCAUCAUCUCCGGACUGCUCAUACGGUAGUGAUGGUAGUAAGUCUGGAGACGAAGAUGACAAAAGGAAAAUCUUCAAAAGACCGCCAGGGAGACCGAAAGGAAGCGGGCGGAAGACGUUCAAGCGUCCCAGAAGCGUGUCAGUUCCUGAGUUCUUAAGAAAUUUGCUGUUGGACUCUCAAUACUGCCCGUCUAUUAUUAAAUGGGAGGACCAUUCUCAGGGAAAGUUUAGGUUCGUGAAGCCAGACGAGGUAGCGAAGUUGUGGGGCAAGAUGAAACAGAACGACAACAUGACCUUCGAGAAGUUCAGCAGAGCCAUGAGGUAUCAUUACCGGCAGUCGGUACUGGUAUCUGUGCCCACUGCGCGUCUCGUCUACCAGUUCGGACACAAAGGACCUGACUUCAAAACCGAUAACCCAAACUUUAUCAAAGUAAAAACAGAACUUAUGGACAUUAAGGAAAUGGCUUACCCUUAA